AUGGAGACUAGAGACCCAGAUGAAGAAACCAGGCUGCUAGAUCCCGAGCCACCAGCUUCACAAUCACCGGGCUCCAAGCCUUCUUCAGGACCAGGCUUUUGGCAAACCAUUCUCUCUGCCACGGCUGUUCUCUUCAUCUUGGAGAUCGGGAACCAAUUGAGCCUGGCCCCGUCCACCGCCAUACUCGAGGCCACCGUCUGCCAAAAGUACUACGCCGCCAUAGACGGCCACCUUGGCGACUGCAAGGCGGAGCCUAUUCAGAGCGAGGUUGCCUAUAUCCUGGGCUGGAAGGAUGUCUUUGAGAACUUGCCGGCAAUCCUACUUGCUGUGCCCUUUGGCGCGCUGGCCGACAAAAUCGGUCGCAGGAAGAUCAUGAUACUUGCCACUGCCGGCCUUGUACUCAACGACACCUGGAUCAGACUGGUCCUUUGCUUUUCGCAUUUCAUCCCACUGCGUCUGCUCUGGCUCUCUGGCCUCUGGCAGAUGAUUGGCGCUGGCGUCGCCACCUUGUCGUCGAUUGUCUACGCUCAGGUCUCUGAUGUGUGUCCUGCAGAGCAGAGGACGACUGCCUUUUCAUUCAUCCAAUCCGCCGGUCUAGUGUCCCGCGUAGUCUUCCUGCCCGUAGGUGCUGGUUUAAUGAGCAUUGACCCAUGGAUUCCCAUGGUUACUACCUCGGGCCUGGGGGUUCUGUCAUUCCUAGUUGCGCUCCUCCUUGUCCCCGAGACUUUGCAACUUGACAAGCAAAGUAGCGAUGAGCGCGGCGAUACUGAACAACUGCUUGGCGCUCGGUCAAAUGGCCAGGACAAGGUUGGACUGCACCCGCGUCUCAAGAUUCUCAUCUCCAGGGCUGUGGACCUCAAUCAUUGGAUCAUGGGCAACGCCCGAGUCGUGUGUCUUUUGAUAUGCCUCUUCACGUUCUACCUCGGCCAACAGUCUGAUGGCACAAUACUAUUGCAAUACGCGUCAAAGCGCCUCCACUGGACCCUGGGUCAAGCAUCCUUGCUGCUCUCUCUGAGAGCUGGAGUCACCUUGGUGCUCCUGGCUGUUAUCCUCCCAGCAUUGUCCAGCUUCUUGCUGAUCCGCCUGGAUCUACACGAAAGUAUCAAGGACAAGCGCUUAACACAAGCCUGCGGAGUCUUACUCGCCGCCGGGUCUAGUAUUAUCUUUUUCGCCACGUCCUGGGAGGCCCUUCUCGUUGGGCAGUUCCUCUUCUCUGCGGGAUGCGUGUUCGGAGUUCCUGCACGCAGUCUGGCGGCCGGCAUGGUUGACCAGAAACAUGUCGGUGUUUUGUUUACUGUUGUAUCUGUGGCCAUGCAAGGGGGGUUUAUCGCUGGUGGUCCUAUCUUGGCUACAGCCUUCAAAUGGGGCAUGAAGCUCGGAGACUUCUGGAUGGGAAUGCCUUUUCUUGUCGCUUUGAUCUGCUUCAUUGUCGGAACAUUGUCGAUUUCGGCUGUCACUACCAAGAUUCAAAUUUCCAAUGGAGAUGCUGGGAUUGAGAUUGAGAACUAG